GUUGGCGCGUUUAGAAGACCGCAGCCAAAAUGCAGCUGAACGUCGCGCACCACUAUUGCGAGUCCAUCAACAAGACUAUCCGUCGCCCCACGCGCACGGUCAUGAUCGGCAAGGUGCCGGUGGGCAGCCAGCACCGCAUCGCCCUUCAGACCAUGACCACCACGGACACCCGCAAUGUGCAGCUGACCGUGGACCAGGUGAAGAAGUGCGCGGACGCCGGCGCGGACAUCGUCCGCAUCACAGUGCAGGGCAAGAAGGAGGCUGAGGCGUGCAUGAAGAUUCGCGAGCAGCUGUUCAAGGACAAGUACGACGUGCCCCUGGUGGCCGACAUCCACUUCCAGCCCACGGUGGCCAUGAUGGUGGCGGACGCCUUCGAGAAGAUCCGUGUGAACCCCGGCAACUUCGCUGACGGCCGCAAGACCUUCGACGUCAUCAACUACGAUGACCCCCGGGAGUUUGAGCGCGAGCGCGAGCUGAUUGAGGAGACCUUCACGCCGCUGGUGCUCAAGUGCAAGGAGCUGGGCCGCGCCAUCCGCAUCGGCACCAACCACGGCUCGCUGUCCGCGCGCAUCCUGUCCUACUACGGCGACACCCCCCGCGGCAUGGUGGAGUCGGCGUUUGAGUUCGCGGACGUGUGCCGCAAGCACGACUACCACAACUUCGUCUUCUCCAUGAAGGCGUCCAACCCCCUGGUCAUGGUGCAGGCCUACCGCCUGCUGGCUGAGGAGCAGUACAAGCGCAGCUGGGACUACCCCCUGCACCUGGGCGUGACCGAGGCCGGCGAGGGCGAGGACGGCCGCAUGAAGUCGGCCAUCGGCAUCGGCGCACUGCUGAUGGACGGGCUGGGCGACACCAUCCGCGUGUCGCUCACCGAGGACCCCGAGUUCGAGAUGGACCCCUGCAAGCGCCUGGCCGGACUGGGCGAGCGCGCCUGGGGCUCGGGCCUGGGCGUGGCUCCCUUCCCGGAGACCACCCGCGACACGCACACCUUCACCCGCCGUGUGGGCGACCUGCCCGUCCAGGCGCCGGGCGAGGACCUGGACUUCCGCGGCGCGCUGCACCGCGACGGCACCGUGUACAACGCCGUCAGCCUGGCCGACCUCAAGCAGCCCGAGUUCCUGUACAAGCGCCUGGGUGCCAAGCUGGCGGUGGGCAUGCCCUUUAAGGACAUUGCCACCGCCGACUCCAUCGUGCUCAGCGAGGUGCCGGCCGCCGCCGACAAGGACGCCCGCCGCGCGCUGCGCCGCCUGCAGGAGGUGACCACGCACGUGAUUGCUCCCAUUGAGGCGCUGGCCAAGGACCCGCUGCCGGGCGCCAUCGCGCUGGUGGCGCUGCAGCAGGCGGCCGCCGGCCCCGUGCAGCUGCCCGAGGGCUCCACGCGUAUGGCAGUCCAGAUCGACGGCACCGAGACCGAGGCCGAGCUGGCCGCCAUCAAGGCCCUUAACCCCAUCGUGGCGCUGCUGGCCACCAAGGACGGCGUCAGCCGCCUGCACAGCUCGCGCCGCGUGUUCGACGUGCUCAAGCGCCACGGCAUCACCACGCCCGUCAUCCACCGCAUCACCUUCCCCGCCGGCACCGUGCGCGACGAGAUCGUGAUCACCACCGGCUCCCUGGUCGGCGGCCUGCUGGUGGACGGCCUGGGCGACGGCGCCAUGGUGGAGUGCCCCGGCGAGGACACGGACUUCCUGCGCACCACCGCCUUCGGCCUGCUGCAGGGCUGCCGCAUGCGCAACAUCAAGACCGAGUACGUGUCCUGCCCCAGCUGCGGCCGCACGCUGUUCAACCUGCAGGAGGUGACGGACCAGAUCCGCACGCGCACCGGCCACCUGCCCGGCGUGGCCAUCGCGGUGAUGGGCUGCAUCGUCAACGGGCCAGGCGAGAUGGCUGACGCCGACUUCGGGUACGUGGGCGGCGCCCCCGGCAAGAUCGACCUGUACGUGGGCAAGGAGGUGGUGCGCCGCGGCAUCCCCAUGGAGUCGGCCUGCGACCAGCUGAUUGAGCUGAUCAAGGAGCACGGCCGCUGGGUGGAGCCCGCCGUGGAGGAGGAGAGCAAGGAGCUGGUCGCCACCGCCUAAAGCGGCGGCUGUAGCAGCGUGCCAGGGGCUGUAGCAGGAGCAGCUGGAGCCGGAGCAAGGGGGGCGUGGGUAGCUGCUGGUCAUGGCCGACAGCUGAUGUGUCGUGAUCACGGUACACGGGAUUGCAGGAAGCUGGGUGUUGAUGGGGGCGGCUGAAGGAGUAGUCAGGAUCGGGGCUCGGGCUCUCAGACAUUGUGGAUGCACGGCCUGCCCCGGGCGCUCAUUGAUGUCUUGCCGAGUCUGCUGCACCUGCGGGCGGGCCUGGGUCCAAAGCGGCCGCGUCGCAGCUGCAAAGCCGUGGGGGGGGGGGCGGGGGGUCAGCUGCGGCUCCCGCACACGUACGCUUUCGCGGGCGGAUGUGCGCGGCUGCUGACUCCAGUGACGGGUGUUCCGGGGUGCAGCAUAGGCUCGGGCACGAGACGGAGCGACAUUUUGAACGGGGCAGCUGGCUUGACGCUGAAGCAUUGGAAGCAAGUGCGGAGUAGGGGCAGCUAGCUGGAGCUGAAGCGCAGAUUUGCAACGACGCACCGCGCUUCUGGGGGAAGCCAUGCUGAGUCACUGAGAUAGAAGAGCGUGAUAGCGGGCGUAUAGGAAGUCCGGUAUAGCGACUGGCACCGAGUGAGCCAUCGGAUUGCGGCCAGGGUUCAAUAAGCAUGGCAGCAUGUGGGAUGAUGGGGCAUAUGGCUGGAGAAGACAAACGGGUUAACAAGCGGGGGCGGGGGCACGGGACAGGCUGAGAUUCGUGUUCAGUCAUUUGCAACGGUGAGACCGCAUGUAAGGUUAUUGCCUC